AUGAAUCAGGAGAAUGAAGCUAUUAACGCAUCAGCAAAGGCAAGCGAAUGGAUGGCUGCAUUGGAUACGCAAAUGGAACCGAUUGAUGACUCAAACGAAGAUGAAGAAACGACGCCAAUUCCUGCUUGUACGCUAAGGGAAAUGGGUUACCGUGAGCCAAGAGAUGGCUUUAAUAAGAAAUUGUAUAGCAAAACUGAUUACAAAGAGUACAUUAUUCAUCAGAUGAAUACGGUAAUUUCCAACCAGCAGAAGCCUGACAUCGUGGUCUAUAUCCGCGGACAAAAGUUCAAUUGCCACCUUGCCGUGCUCAAGACCUGUACGAAAUUGGCCAAAGACGUACGCUUCCCGAAUGGUUUGAUUAUAGCUCAUAAGGAUGUCACUGCUAAGGGAUUUGAGCUGGCCUACGAUUGGAUGAUCCACCAGGACUCUACACUGAAGCGCAAAGAUAUUGUGGAGCUCUACAUGGCAGCAGAGUACAUGCAGAUGCCGGAGCUGCUGACACAUCUGUGGAGUCUAUUCCACGAGGAGACUCUCGUCACUGAUGUCAUGGCCUUCCAGAUCUAUCUGGAGUGUCUCUCAUACGGGCGGAGCAAGCUGCAAAGCCUGAUGCUAAAUCGCGUUCGUCGCUUCUUCCUCUCAGCAGUCACAACAGAGGAGUACCUCCGUCUAGAAUUUGAAGCUGUCUUCGAAAUACUGGGGCACUGCAAUAUUUGUGUCAACUCUGAGAUGGAGAUCUACUACAGUGCGGUGCGCUGGCUACACCACGACUGGCUAAAGCGGAAAGAGUAUGCCCCGGGGAUCAUGGAGGUAGUCCAAUUUCAGCUGAUGCCCUCUCAGUACAUAACUUCGAUUAAAGAGGAACUGCAGGAGCUGCACAACAUUCCCGCAGUUCAGACCAUUAUCAAUGGGGCACUCUCUUCAGAAAAUAUGCAGCAGAACCCGAAUAGGCGUCAUUGGGUCUACGACGAGAAGAUCCCUCAUCAUCACAACAGCGCCUGCCCCAGGUGGCGUUGCCUCGACCUGACGGCCUUCAACACGUAUCUGGAGCAAAUAAUCGCAGCUGGACCGAACUAUUCCGAAUCUCUAAGGGAUCGGAGUAGGUCUUACAUUAUGCCCUGCUGUCAAAGCGCUUUGCAAAGGAAAAUUUUGGAAAAAUAA